AACAGCGCUAACCACUGUCUACUGUGACCAUCCUGUGCAAUGUCGGAGUACUCGUGGAAGGAUACCAACUUGGCUUUGGUCGGUUCAGAAGAAGAUAGAAACGUUAAGAAAAAGGCAGCUGAAACCGAGCCUGCCUGGAAAGAUGUUCUCAGCAUCGACUCUACAACUACGUUGGUCUGGCGCAUUAACCAAUUCAAAGUUGAGGAGGUGAAGAAAGAAACCUUUGGCAAGUUUUUCAGUGGCGAUUCCUACAUCGUGUUACAUACUGAGAAGACUGGAAAUCAACUGCUCUAUGAUGUGCAUUUUUGGAUUGGCAAGGAUAGUACACAGGAUGAAUAUGCAACAGCCGCUUAUAAGACAGUUGAGCUGGACACUCUGCUGGAUGACAAGGCGGUACAACACCGUGAAGUAGAUGGUUUCGAAUCGGAUGAGUUCAAGUCUUACUUCCCAGUCCUGGAGAAGCUGGCUGGUGGCUAUGCAACCGGGUUCAGAGAACGAAAACCGGAAGAACUGCCCAAACGUCUAUUACUCUGUCACGGUCUGGAUCGUCGUCACGUGGAGCUGACCGAGGUUACCUUUUCUAGGAAGUCUCUCAAUUCAAAUGAUGUGUUCAUUCUGGACUUGGGAACCAAGGCAUAUCAAUGGAAUGGUCAGAAUGCGAGCAAAGACGAACGUUUUAAGGCGAGUGAGUUUAUGCAAGCUCUCGAAUCGCAGCGAAUGGGACGCUGUCCGACGGUGGUUGUAGAUGAAUCUGACAGAGAAGGAACGAACGAAUUUCUUUCAUACUUGCCCGACGAGCCGGUCCACGAAAAACCGAAACAAGAAACUGAAAAGAAGGCUAUCUACAGGCUUUCUGACGAAUCGGGUCAACUCAAGGUUACUCUGGUGUGCGAAAACAACUUGCCACGCGGAGCACUUACUCAUGAUGACGCUUACUUCAUCGAUAAUGGCAAUACCCUGUUUGUCUACAUUGGAACUAAGUGCUCCAAAACCGAAAAGCUGAAUGCUUUGGCUCAUGCCCACGUAAGAGAUGCUGGUUAUGUUCAUGUGCAUGCUCCAGAGAAUGUAUCCCACUUACCGGGGGAAACUUUCUCACGUGAGUACCUCAAAGGCACCAAGCAUCCUUUAAUCCCAAUCACCGUGGUAUCUGAGGGUCGCCAAUCAAAAGAAUUGGACAAGGUUCUCGAAUGAAAACGUCUGGAGUCGUGGAAAUCCAUGAAGCAGCCUCACAUCGCUUUGCUUAAACCACUGCUUGCGUGUGCCUUAUCGAACUGUUCUCACGUAAAGUCUUCUUUUGGUUUCAUUCUUUCAACUGACUUACGUUAUUAUCCGAUAGAAAUAAAUAUGCUCUUGAGUCUGUGAGCAAAACUUUUGAGAGUGGUCGUUGAGUCUCCAAUGACUAAUGAAUCUACCGUCAAAACCAAAUAAGUUUGCAAACGAGUGUAUUCCUCGAGUUCAAUUAGAACGACGAGAGCUCGGGGACUGUGCCUACAUGAUGAAUUCCAGGAAAGGCGAAGCAGUGU